CGGUAGCCGAAGCUGCUAUAUAAAAAAUGGCGAACGGAAGAAGCCGGAUUUUUUGAGUGUUUUUAUAUUCGCUCUCUUUCCUUCAAUUAAACAAAAAUUCUUCACUCAGAAUUGAAGAUGACUACAUCCAUUCAGUAACAGCAUUAGCAGUAAUCAAGAAAUGAGAAAAAAACUUGAAGGAUAAUACUUGAUUUGUCACUGCAGUGAAAGUUUUUUACGACACAAAUUUUUAAAAAGAAGACAAUUUCAAGCAAGACUGCUAGUUAGCUCACCUUCUAAAGAUGUCUUCAAGUGGCAGCUUAAAGAAAUUGAGUGAAGAGAGUUUGAGUCAACCAGCUGAAGAAGUAUUUGAUCUUCUUGCGAAACUUGGUGAAGGCGCAUAUGGAUGUGUUUUUAAAGCAAUGCAUAAAGAAUCCGGCGAGGUUCUUGCAAUAAAACAAGUUCCUGUAGAUACAGACUUACAAGAAAUUAUUAAAGAAAUUAGCAUCAUGCAGCAGUGUGACAGUCCAUACGUUGUUAAGUAUUUUGGAAGUUAUUUCAAAAACACUGAUUUAUGGAUUGUCAUGGAAUACUGUGGAGCUGGUUCUGUGUCUGACUGCAUGCGGCUUCGAAACAAAACAUUAACUGAAGAUGAGAUAGCCUGUAUAUGCAGGGAUACGUUAAAAGGGUUGGAAUAUUUACACCUGAGGAGGAAAAUUCACAGAGAUGUUAAAGCUGGCAAUAUACUUUUAAAUACAGAAGGCCAUGCAAAGCUAGCUGAUUUCGGAGUGGCUGGUCAAUUAACGGAUACUAUGGCGAAAAGAAAUACAGUGAUCGGGACUCCUUUUUGGAUGGCUCCCGAAGUGAUCCAGGAAAUAGGUUACGAUUGCAAAGCAGACAUCUGGUCAUUAGGAAUUACCACAUUAGAAAUGGCGGAAGGAAAACCGCCACAUGCUGACAUACAUCCUAUGCGAGCAAUUUUUAUGAUUCCGACAAAACCUCCGCCAACAUUUAAAAAUCCGGACAAAUGGUCGAAAGACAUGCAAGAUUUUGUUUCAACGUGUUUGGUAAAAAAUCCUGAAGAGAGGAUGUCGGCUACGCUGUUACUACAGCAUCCUUUUAUAAAAAGUUCGAAACCUGUCGAAGUGCUAUCGACGAUGUUAAAUGACGCAACGCGAAUCCGUGAAGAAGAAGCUGAGAAAAACACAGAUGGUGAUGAUGAUGAAGAUGGACAGGAUUUAGAUGAUGACGCGCAGGAAGAUAUAUUCGUGACUGCUAGUUCAAGUACAUUGAUGGCGAACGAAGAUAUGGGUACCAUGAUAUUAAACCAUGAUGGAGAUGACCAAGAUGGAACCAUGAUCAUCAAUAGCGGUACAAUGGUCAUGAAUGACGGUACGAUGAUUGAAAACAACCUAGGCACAAUGGUAAUUAAUGACGACACGGAUGACUCUACGAUGAAGAGUGUAGAGACAUCAGCCGAACGUCAACAAUACAGACCAGCUUACCUCGAUCACUUCGAAAAACUAGAGCAGCAAAACCAAAGAAACAUAGCUGGAAAUAAGCGAGUCAACGAAAACAUGCUGAAGGGAGACGCUGGACAACAUUUUCCUGGAAAAUUUCUCGGACCAAUUGAUUUUGAAUUUUUAAAAUCGUUGACUUUUGAAGAACUACAGCAAAGAAUGUCAUCACUAGACUCAGACAUGGAACGUGAAAUAGAAGAAUUACGUAAGCGAUACCAGGCUAAAAGACAUCCAAUUAUAGAAGCGAUGGAGGUGAAAAAAAAACGCCAAACAAACUUUUAGAACAUACGCAUCAACAAGAAGGAGAAUGAGGUAGAACACCUGGAAGAGCUUUGUAAUGUUUCUUCUCUUGCUACCGAGAAGAACAUAGUAAAGAACUGUACGCAGUAGUUCUAAAUUAUGACUUUCAGUUGAAGGUGAAAGCAAACAAGAUAAAAAUCAAGAUAUUUUAAUUUAUACAUGUUCAUAGUAGCAAAAUGUUUCAUAUAUCGCGCGCUUUAAGACGUUGUAAACAUUGGUCAUUAGUGGAAACAUCUUUGUUGACAUAGCGCUCAUAUUCGUAUCUGGUGAGUUGUUUGAAACUAGCGCCUGUUAUUGUUUUGUUCAAAAUCAAAAUACAUACACCCAUUUUCCGAUUUGUUCGCACUUUUUCUUCCCAGUGUCUGUUUAAAAAGCUGGAGCUGCACUGGAUAACCGCUAAUUUUCACGCAUUUCCCUUGUCAGUGAUUUUUGUUUUUUCUACUGAAUUCGACAAUUUUUGUCCUUUUUCAGUGGUCCCACUACCGGUGUGGUAUGUAAGCAUUAGCUCUGAUAUGAGGGCGAUAUGAGUUAGCUCCUGUAGCUAAAAAAAUUCUUUUGUAAAUUUUUUAUAUUAAUUCUAUCUCGCAAACAAAAUAUUUUACAACUUUUAACAA